AUGCUUCUCCUCCGUCCGCUGCGCGUCUCCGGCGCACGGCGUCUGCACACGAGCGUCGCGCGCCGCUCCGCGCCGCUCUCCGUGCCGUCGCUGCCGCCGUCGAUUGCGCCGCCGCUCAAGGGCGUGCGCGUCGUCGACCUCACACGCGUGCUCGCCGGGCCGUACUGCACCAUGCUGCUGGCAGACCUGGGCGCAGAUGUCAUCAAGGUGGAGCAUCCGAAGGGCGGCGACGACACGCGCAGCUGGGCGCCGCCCUCUGCGCCGCUGCUGCCCGCCAAGGCACAGCGCAUCCCGCCGGGCAAGGAGGCCGCCUGGGCCGCGCUGCCGCCCGAGAGUGCCUACUUUCUCGCGGUGAACCGCAACAAGCGCAGCAUCACGGUCGACCUCAAGAAGCAGGAGGGCAGGGAGAUCCUGCACCAGCUGGUCAAGGAGGCGGAUGUGGUGGUUGAGAACUACUUGCCCGGCAAGCUCUCGUCGAUGCAGAUGGGCUACGAGGACCUGAAGAAGAUCAAGCCCGACAUCAUCUAUGCCAGCAUCACGGGCUACGGACAGACGGGCCCCUUUGGCUCGUUUGCGGGCUACGACGUCAUUGUCGCUGCCGACGCCGGUCUCUUUCAUAUCACCGGCGAGGCAGACCGGCCGCCCGUCAAGGUCGGCGUGGCAGUGACGGACCUGACGACGGGGCUGUACGUGCACGGCGCCGUCAUGGCGGCGCUGCUGGGACGCGCACAGACGGGCCAGGGCGUGCAUAUCGACGCCAGCCUCUUCGAGAGCCAGAUCGCGACGCUGGCCAACGUGGCCUCCUCAUAUCUCAUCAGCGGCAAGGAGGCGACGCGCUGGGGCACGGCGCACCCCAGCAUCGUGCCGUACCAGGUCAUGCCCGUCAGCGACGGCUUCAUGAUGGUCGGCGCGGGCAACGACGGGCAGUUCAAGAUCCUCACCGCCGCCAUCGGCGCGCCCGACCUCGCGGCCGACGCGCGCUUCUCCUCCAACGCGCAGCGCGUGGCGAACCGCGACGUGCUGAUCCCUCUGCUCGAGGAGCUGCUGCGCAAGCAGACGGCACAGCACUGGAUCGACGCGCUGGGCGGCCGCGUGCCCGCGGCGCCGAUUCGCAACAUCAAACAGACGUUUGAACACCCGCAGGCCGUGGCGCGCGGCGUGACGACCGAGGUGGACCACCCGCGCGCGGGCAGGAUCACCAUCUCGGCGCCGGCGGUGCGGUAUGGCGAGGGCAAGAUGCCGUGCUCCGCCUCGGUGCGCUGA